GUCUUGGCCGCUCCAAACUUCAAAACCCACUUCAACCACGCUCCAUAUCUCUGUGAAGCUGUACAUGUAGUGCGCUUGAGAAAGCAGGUAGCGCCGUAGAGCCAGGUUUCACAGCGACGUGCUACAGCGUCCUUGCAGUGCCCCCAGGCUCUAUCAUGAGUCAUUCUGUUCCUUCUAUUAUAACAUACACCAAAUUAGCUCGUAACAGUGAUACAAACAUAGCGCUGUUCGAUGUCUGGGAUAGUAAGUAAUCGCGUUCAGCAUCUAUUCCAUCAGAAGAAGCAUACAUACGGGUGUGGCCUUUCAAGCGUCAACUCAUCGUGAAUUGACCUGGAGGCUUCAAACAAAAGAUACUGAUGCAGAGAUCAAGUCGUGAUAGAUGUUCCGGAAAAUGGGCCGGGCAGAUGACAAGACCGAUGCCAGGAUAUUUCGGUGAAACAGUGCGUACAGAAUUGUCGUGGAGCGAGUGAGCAAGCAAGUUCUCGAAGAGAGGCCGAUGAGUGUCAGGCACCCUCUGCACGACUUACGGAACGUGGUCCAGCAUCUCUUCCUUCGACAUGCGCUGAAAGCGUCAGUGUCCCACACAGCCACAGAGCUGCUCACUUAUAACGCCAUGAAAGGCCCUCCAAUAGUCGUUCGCUUCCCAGAGUUAUCACUUCCCCACUCUCACACCUGUACGUUCUCCAAUAAACCAUAUCAAGCCUGA